AUGGAUGAAAGACAUAGUGACAGUUACAUAGGCAGUGCUAAUCAAGCCUUUGAAUCCCAGGGCCAUGAAUUGAGUGAAACUUCAAUCCAUCACAUCCUACUUCCAGGAAAAACCCAGGAGAUACAGAAGUUGAUAAAGCUGAGUCAUGUUGCCAAGGAUCGCACCCACUCUCCGUACAGCCAGUUCAGAGUAGGUGCAGCACUGCUGUGUAGUGACGGGACUGUCUUUACUGGAUGCAAUGUUGAAAAUGCGUCAUACGGUCUGACAAUCUGUGCUGAGAGAACAGCAGUGGUGAAGGCAGUGUCCGAGGGACACAGAGACUACACUGCCAUUGCCAUAUCCAGUGACCUAAAGAACAACUUCAUAGUCCCGUGUGGAGCCUGUAGACAGGUUUUAGCUGAGUUUGGGACCCACAUUGAAGUAUACAUGACCCGCCCAGACCUGACCUACCACAAGAUGACCGUUGGAGAGUUACUGCCCCUGUGCUUCACCCCAGACCAACUGACCAGAGAGAAGAUAGCCGUGGUCAGUGGCCAGAAUCCAGAGGGCAGCACUGUCAGUGAGAUCCCCAAGCUGAUCAAAAGUAAUGGCUUAGAGGCGGAGGAACUUCUGAGUGGAGAACAAUGAUGAGAAUUGUCAUUGGGGGUAGUAAUAUUAUAGUAUAUCGUAGUAUGUAGGAGUUAAAAGGGUUUGCUUAUUUUUAUAGAAAGCUUUUUAAAAAUAGUCACAAAGUAUUUUAUUCAUUAAAAUGAAUAAUCAGAGAUGCAAUAAUAUGAAGUGGCAUCUAGUCAUUACAGUUAAUCAGGUUAAUGAGGAAGCUACAUGUACAUGGUCACUAUUUAUAAAGAACUGGUCGACCUUAAAGUGCUGAUUUUAGAGAGUAGGUAUUUGGCUGUCCCCCUCCCCCAACUGCCCUGGCCGAAAUCCCCAUAUACCUGUAUUUUCUCUGUUUUUUAGCCAAUUAUGUAUUGUUACAACUUAGCUUAUCAGUAGUUUGCCACCAGAACAAUGAGGCAGGGGCUUUGCAGAGACUGAAAACCAAGGAAUGUUAAACAUGUUGAAGGUUUCAUGUGAAAAAUUGAUAUUGUUAUGACUAAAAUGCACUGUAUGCAGUCUCGACAGGGGCCAAAAAAAAAAAAAAAAAAUUAGAUAAGACUAUUUUGAGAGCAACAUUGGUCAGAGAUCUUGAUAGGUGUUUAAACAGCAUUUUUGAGUUAUAAAAAAACAUUUAAAGAGAUAACUUCACAGAGCAUUGAAAUAUGCUUGUACUUCAAUCUGUAUGAUUACUGUAAUUGGUGUUUAGAAACAAUGACAGAAAAAUCUAAAAACUAUAAGAUGUUGUUCAGUAUUAUCAGUGCCAUUCCCACUUUACACUGUUUACAAUAAAUAUGUAUCUCGCUUUAUCACUAUUUUAUUUCAAGUGUCACGUUGGAUGAGAAAGAAAGAAAAAAAGGCCAUUUUCACUGCCCUAAGGUGUUAUCAAUUUGUGAACCAUUGUUUUGAUACUGAUUGAUUUGCUUUUAGCAUUCAGUGUGUUGAAUGACUUACAUUUUGAGGUAACGGUUUUACUGACAUUACAGUCCGUUUAGGUCAGAAAAAAAGCAUUGACUGUACACAUUUUUGUAGUUAUUUAAUUAAUGUAGACGAGUGAAACAAGUGUGUUUGUACAAAAUAAAUGUUAUAUUAUGUACACAA